UUCGCGACUCGCCGGAGCUCAGCCGCCGCUUCUCCCUUCUCCCGACCGACCAACGCCCUCGAUUCCACCGCCCCGCGCCGUUUAUUGCUGAUUCUCCGCCUCCCGGUCGCAGAGUUCUGACGAGGAGGUCGUCGAUCGAGGAUUGACCUAGAGAGAGGAGAAGGUGGCAGACAUGGUUGCGGGCAGCGGAGAGAUGGGGGGCGCGCCGGGCGUAUCUCGCGUGCCGCGGGCGGCGCUCGCCGCGUUCGUGACGUGCCCGCUCUGCAAGGGAUACUUCCGGGAGGCCAGCGCCUUCGCCGAGUGCGGCCACACAUUUUGCCGGGAUUGUAUCCUGAAGAAAAUAGGUGAGGAGGGGAUCGAAUCCUGCCCCGUAUGCAACGCUGCUCUUGGGAUUGCUCCUGAAGAGAAACUCAGGGAUGAUCCAAAAAUUCAGGCUAUCAGGGACCAUGCGUUUCCACCUAAAGCAGAAGUUGAUGCUUCUGAGGCUCCAAGUACUACACUGCCAGCAAAGAUAAAAGAGAGGUCCAUUUCUUCCUUGGUUGAAACCCAGAAGAUGGCAACACAACCUAGUCUGACAGGACAGAGAGCUGCAAGAAGGAAAUUCAUGUCCCAUUUGUUUUCUGUCGGUAAAUUGCCAAAUAAAUCGGAAGGCUAUAAUCAGAAGACUGAGAUGGCCUCAGCACCAAAAUCAACCAAGGUGCCAACAUCUGCAAACAAAAAGAAGAAUAGUGCAGAUAUUUCUGAAGAUGGAAAGAAUCACGAGACGAUUGACAAUGAAGAGCUUCAUAAGCCCUUACGGAGCUUAGUCGUGGCAAGCGCGAAGAAGUCACAAACAUUAUGUUAUCUGGGGGAAAGUCGGAAAAACAAAACAACCACAGAGGAUAGUCUGAGGGAAAGCCCAGAAGCAGACUCGGAUGAUGGAAUAACUACCCCAGUCUGGUUUUCACUAGUGACUUCACUGAACCAGGCAGAAGCUAAACGGCUGCCUCAGAUAAAAAAUAAUUUCUACAGAAUUAAAGAUGGAACUAUGCAGGUCUCCUCUAUCCUGAAGCUCAUUAUGAAAAAACUUGAGCUAGCAAGUGACGUUAAGGUGGAGAUCUUAUGCCAUGGCAAGCCGGUCUGCCCUUCGACGACGCUGCACGGCCUACUCAAGCAGUGGCUGAGCCGCAAGCCGAAGCGCAGGGUCCAGAGGCCGACGCUGAGAUCAGAGGCUUCUUUGGAUCACCUUCUGCCAGGAAAACCGACCAGUCUAGAGGAGGUGAAGCCCUACAUAAGCAGCUUAUGGAAAACUCAUAUGAACGUGUGGAAUGAUAAAUGGCUAAGGGUUCCCAGUAUUGCCUCUGAGACUAGCUCAAGUGUUGAUGGUGAUCAUGUUUUCCGGAUCUUAGGAUAUUGUUAA